AUGAGCGACUCAAGUCAAGUGCAAGUGUUCAAGUUGCUAAAUCCGUCCAGCAAGCUCAAAUACCAGUCAAUCAUACAGUCAGCCUACGUCGCUGAGCGGCUAGACAUGGUGACACGGUGGCGCAAGCUGCGCAUGAAGCUGAUCACGUGGAACUUGGGCCGCAUGGAUGAUUGUCCUCUAGACCAUAUACGCCAGCUGCUUAGCUGCAAUCAGGGAUACGCCGAUAUCUACGUCGUGGGAUUCCAGGAGACCAUCCCGCUGACCUCGUUUUCUGCCUCUCCCAAAGUCAUUGACCAGUGGUGCGACAGACUGCUAGCAGCGCUGCCUCCGAGCCAGUUCCAGGCGGUGCACCGCUACGGGCUGCUUGGACUGACGAGCGUGCUGAUAGUUAAAAGCGAAAUAGAGAGCCAGGUAUCCGGUUACAGCUCUCGGACCGUCGGCCUCGGCUAUCUGAACUGGUACAACAAGGGCUGCAUUGAGACGCAGUUUUCCAUUGGCCGAAUAGACCAGAAGCUUGCGGGAGUGCGAGUCCAGGUGUUCAACAUGCAUCUGACACACGGCGAGGAGGAACUGGCGGUGGAAAUGAGGAACCAGUGUCUUAAGAAAGUGCAGGAUAGCCUAGGAACCAUUAGAAACGCAUCACUUGCCGGGCCAGUACCGUCUGUGGAAGACGAGAGUGUGUGCGAGCCGCAACUGAGCCAGGUCGAGCUUGAGAGGAUUGACAGCGAGACAGUUCAUCAGAUGUUCAAAAGAGAGUGUCGCAAGGUAGUAUUCGCGAGCGGAGAUCUCAAUUACCGUCUCGAAAGCACAAAUGUGAAUGACUAUAUCUAUAAAGGUGACUAUGAAAAACUGCUGGAGAGCGACCAGCUCCGCGUACAGAAAAAGCGAGGCAGCAUUUUCAGCGGGUUCUCCGAGGGAGAGAUCCGGUUUCGCCCCACGUUCAAGGUGACCGAGACGCUAGAAUACGAGGACACUCGCGUGCCGUCUUACACGGAUAGAAUUCUGUACAGCGCGGACGACGGACUGGAGCAGCUGACGUACGACGUUUGCGAGGUGAACGGGUCUGACCACCUGCCAGUGGUGGCAGAGUUUGUGUUGGAUGCUAGAAUGGUCGAUUUUGGCGCUCUGAAAGCAGUGCGUUCCGAGAUCGGAGCCCAGCUGGACAGAAUCCUGAACCAGAUGGAGAUCGUGGACAUUUCGCCGUCGCUAAUUGAAGUCGACGUUGUGGCUGGCAUAAGGGAGGUGCUCGAGGUCACUGUGAGCAACCUUACGGAUGAGCCGCUGCGGUACAAUCUGGAUAUUGGCAAGCGGUUUUUCAGAAAGCCUGUAAUUGAGCUGCUGAACGACGACGGCGUCCUGCCAGCAAAAAAAGCCAAACAGCUCAAAUUCCAGAUUAGCACCUCCAAGAUCGAGAAAAUUGACAAGACACUCACAAUGAAGUUUGCCAAUUUCGAGUUCGUCAAGUUUCUUGCAUUCUCCGUGUCCUCAAAGUCACUUCUGUUCCAGCCUGUGGAUAACCUAGAAGAGAUGCAAUACCAGAACAUUGUGCAAUCAUUUGACUUUAUCUUGAAAGGUGCAACAGAUAAUCUAUUAACAAAAAUGCAGUCUGUUGUCGAUCUCUCGUCGCUGAAUGAGUUCGAGGUAUCCCUGCUGAAAGAUAUGACGCUGCGGGAGAUCAACUUCGACCUGCUGGCCAAGCUGAACUCGAUAGGAAUGGUGCAAAACGAGGGAUCGUGUGGACUCAUGAGUGUGCUAUAUUUGUGGCUAAGAAGCCUGCCAGAGCUCGGAGGAGACAAGAGGUCCGGUGCUGUGCUGCGCAAGAUAAUCGCCUUGAUAAAAUUCCUCCAUCUUGACCGCGAAGCAGGGUUCAAGUAUUUCGGGUUUUUAUUUCAGGACGAGUAUGAACUGGAACGCGCUCUCGAGUCCUAG